AGGGCCAGGGGAGGGCGUGCGCCGCGGCAGGCCCAGGGUGCCCAGGGCAGGGCAGGGCCAGGGCAGGCCCAGCUCGCGACGCGGUCCCCGGUGGGGGGUGGGGAUCCCAGCCCGCGGCUCCCACCCCCGCCGGAGUAAUUGGAGGUGGUCCUCGCAGGGCUCGGCUGGGAAUGGCGGGCCAGGUAUAAAUAGUUCGAGUGCCCAAAACUAACGGCACUUCACCUCUAUCUCUCUUGGCGCCGCGACUAGAACCAACAGCCCGCUGCGUCGCUCACCAUGCUCAAGCUAGUGCUCUGCUCGUUGGUGUUGGGGGUGGCGGCCGUGUCCGGCGGACACCUCGGCGGUCACAGCGGCGGCCUCCAUGGCGGCAGCCUCCACGGCGGCGGCAUCCACGGCGCACACGGCACCACCUACGGCUUCAGCAGCUACGGCGGUGGCGGCGGCUACGAGCAGCAUGGCCACGGACUACACGGCUACGGAGGCGGCUACGGGGGUGGUUACGGGCACGGUGGCGGCCAUGGAGGCGGCUACGGCGGCGGCCUCGGCCACGGCUCGACGUGGGUCACGCCCACUGGAUACGGCAGCAAGGUGACGCACUCCACCGGCGGCUCCAGCUACACGGCCCGCUCCGGCUACGGCUACUGGCCCCCGGCCGGAGCCCACGGGGGCGUAGGGGACUGGCAGCAGGGCGCUCUGCAGCAGGGGCCGGCCUGGCCCGCAGGUGCAGGUGGCGCAGCAGGCGCCUGGCCCUCUGCAGGUGGCGCCUGGCCUUCUGCCGGUAACGCCUGGCCCUCUGCCGGUAGUGCCUGGCCUCCUGCGGGUGUUGUGGGCGGCUCCUGGCCCUCUGCAGGUGCUGCAGCGGGCGCCUGGCCCGGGGUUGGCUUUGGGGCAGGCGCAGCUGCUGGGCCGUCCGCCUGGCCGGGGGCAGGGUUCAGUGGGGCCGCAUCAGCCGGCCCGUGGGCCGCGUCUCCGUCCAACUCAGCCUGGCCCGCUGGACCAUCGCUUCACAAACCACUCGCCUCAUCCUACUCUAACUCUAACCUGGUAUCAAAGUCUUAUGGCGGAGCUUAUGGUGGCAGCUAUGGGACCGGUAACGGCUGGUGAUAACUAUAGGAAACGUUUUUACUAA